GGAAAGCAAUGACUGAAGAAUAGUAAUGGGAGCAUGACAGCGCACGUCGGUGUGUGCAUCAUUCUCUCUCGGAACCAAAGAGCCAGUUACCGAUUGUACACCCACGGAAUUAGUUCUGAUCAGAUACACAGGCAAAUAUGGCGGAGGGAGAUUCAUGGGAUGCUGACACUUUCGAUCCGGACGAGCCCGCAAUCGGGGCCAAGAAGGCUGUUGUGGCAGACAAAUGGGAAGGCGAGGAUGAGGAUGAGGAUAUCAAGGAUAACUGGGAUGAUGAAGAGGAGGAAUUGAAGAAGGCAGAAGAGAAAAAAGCAGCAGAGACAAAACGUUCAGAAAAGAAGAAAUUAGCCGAAAAAAUCAAAGAAAAAGAAAGUUUACAACGAAAAAAACAAGAAGAGUUGAGAAAGAGGUUAGAGGAAUCUAAUGAGACAGAACUCACACCAGAGGAGGAGCUAGCAGAGAAACUACAGGAAGAGAAAACGGAACUCACACCAGAGGAGGAGCUAGCAGAGAAACUACAGGAAGAGAAAAAGGAACUCACACCAGAGGAGGAGCUAGCAGAGAAACUACAGGCAGAGAAACUACAGGAAGAGAAAAAGGAACUCACACCAGAGGAGGAGCUGGCAGAGAAACUACAGGAAGAGACUGGUCUUCUACUGGCUCAGGAUGCUUUUGGUGUCGUCAACAAUGUAAAAGGAAUUGACGCUGUAAGCCCCUCUUCUAAAGAUGACUUUACAGAUUUUGAAAAGUUGCUAAAAGACAAGAUAACACCGUUUGAGAGUUCCAUACACUAUUCCGGUUUCCUAGAGUCCUUGUUUCGAGACCUCUGUCUCUCAUUGGAGGUAGAAGACCUAAAAAAGGUCAGCAACUCCCUGACAGUAUUACUAAGUGAGAAACAGAAACAGGAAAAGCAGCUGAAUAAAGGAAAGAAGAAAAAGAAAGGUGUGGUUGCUGCCGGAGGGAUGAAGGCCAAGAUGAAGGAUGACCUAGCGGACUACGGAGAGUUCGAUGGAGGUUACGCACAAGACUACGAGGACUUCAUGUGACACCAACCGACUGCUGAGUCUCAAACGGCGACCUGUUCAAGUAGUGCCCUUAUAUUGGGGACAUCCACUGUCCUUCCCAUUCCCUCUCAGCUCUGCUCGAUUCAUCCACCUCGGAGCAUGACCUAUGAUCUAUUCUGCUGCCCAAAGCCAUCCAAUGAAAACCACCCUUGUGUCGCCCGCUGCACACAAAGAAGAUUCUGAAAGAAGUGUUGACUGGUUUGACGAAGAACACGAACAUCUGAUCUCGAUAUGUUUUUUUUUUCUCCUCGUUAGGAUUCCUUCAACGAUUCCUCGAAACUGAUCAAUAAAGACAAGAAACUGAUCCUUGAGUUCUCUUCACUGUAAGAAUGUUCUGAGUUCCAACAUGUUUUUACCAGCAUACUUCGUUUUUUCCAAAUCUACAAUGAAUUUAAAUUUUAUCUUUUAAAAUAAACGUGUCAACAAAAUGAAUUGUUACUGUUUGACGACUGAAAGUAGAAGGAAAAUAAAUGUGUUAUUCUAUGCAAAUGA